AUGUAUACUUCAAUUCUACCAUUAGGUGCAAAGUUAUACAGAAAUAUUGGAAGAUGUUUUAGCAAAAGGGUUAAAAGCUUUUGGGAAAAUGUCUGUUUACAAAAUGAACAAGUCAAAACUCAUAAUGAUCAAUUGUUAUUAACUGAAAAAAAGAAACAACAAUUCAUACAAGUUGAAUCUAAUAUAGUUGAUCAGCAUUUCAUUGCAAGUGAUAAGCUGUUAUCUGAGUAUAUGGAAUAUAUAUCCACAGCUGAGAGAUCUAAUCAAGAAAAUGUUGAGAAAGGUGGUGAAGUUAUGGAAGAAAUGCAAAAUUCAGAUUAUGAGGAGUUUAUGGAAAGAUACAAAAAAAUGGAUAACGAUAGGGAAUGGAAAUUAAUGACUGGAAGGAUAGUUGAAGACAAAAUUUCUGAUUUACCAAAGUCUAUGCAUUUAGGUAUUACAUAUCCUACAGAGCCAAUUCUUAUUAAUGCAGCCACCAGUAUUCUACUUGGUAAGAACAAAGACAUUUUGCUUAAAACUUUUUCUUUGUUGAAUGAUGAUAUGUUAAGGGGAAUCAUUGAUGGUGGAAACAGAGGUGAGCUUGUGGCUAGGAUAAUCUUGAUACUUGAUGUCAUACAAGUUAAAAAUCUUCAGGAAUCAAUUGAUCCCAAUUAUCCUCAAACUGCAACCAAUAAUCUUCAAGAUUAUCUUUUAUUUGAUGAUGCAAAGGAACAAAAUACACGAACUUACAUGCAUCCUGGUGAUAAUCCCACAAAACAACAAAAAAAUGCAGCAGCUUUAGGAUUUAGUGCUGAUAUAUAUCCAUUUUUCUUAGCAUUACCUGAAAAUAUAAUCAAUGAGUUGUUAAAAAGUGAUAUGGACCAUGAGCAAAUCAUUGAAACAAUGCAAGGUAGUCUGAAAGAACAGAAUAUAUAUGUUUCUAAAAAGACAUUAGAGGGGAUUAUUAAACCUCAUGACCUUGACUUAAUAAUAAGAGUUUGA